AUGUCUGACAACAAUGACAAGAAAACGGAGGAGGUGGUAGACGAUUUCUCGCAACUAGAGUUGUGGGAAAUUUUCGCCACUAAAAGCUACACUGCUGCCUCGGGCGAGGAAGACCAAGGCCAGGCUGAAGGAUCCGCCCCGAAGCUCACCUCUAUCCCAUCGCAAACGGGCGUUGACAACAACAACAACGCAGGGGAAGAAGAUUUAAUCAGCUUCAACGACUCCCCAGCUGCCGCCCAGCCAGCCAACGCCAUCCACUUGCCGGCUGAUCUUACGCCUCCUUCGGGCAACCCCCCUCACACAACGCCGCCGGCACCGUCUCCUCCCCUCGGCGUGUCUUUGCUGUCGCACUUCUUCCCACAGCACACCCCCGCACCCCGCGUACCCCCCGACCUCUCCGCCCUAACCUCGCUCGCCGACGAGGAGGACGACGCCGGCCCCAGGCCGCCCAUGACGCCCGAGGAAGCCGCAGCCUUCUACCACCUGCCGAGCGCGGCGGCGCAGCGCGUCGCGGCCUCGGAAGCGGGCGACGCGGAGGCGCUGUUCGCGGCGCAGGCGCGGCUGGACCUGGUGCUGUGGCGGGUGGCGGGGGCGCUGGGCCCGGGGCACCCGGCGGCGCUGGCGGCGCAGCGCGAGCAGGGCCGCGCCCGCGACGCGUGGACCGCCGACGACGCGCGGCAGAUGGACGCGGCCGCCGUGGGCGCGUGGCUCGCGCUGCGGGCCGCGUGGGGCGCGCGCUGGGCCGCGCUGCUGCCGCCCGCGCACCGCGCCGCCCUCGCCGCCGCCGACCCCGCCGCCCCCGCCCGCGCCGGCGCCCUCCACCCCGACGCCCUCGACGCCCUCGUCUGCCUCCUCGAGGGCCGCGCCCGCCUGCUCGCCGCCCCCGGCGGCGCCGCCGUCGCCGGCCCCCCCGCCCUCGACCACGUCCUCGCCGUCCUCGCCCGCACCCUCGGCGCCCCCGCCGCCCGCGCCCCCGAUCGCCGCCACCACACCCUCUGGCUCUGGCGCCGCGUCGCCGUCGCCCUGGCCCGCGUGGAGCCGCCCCCCGCGGCCGAUGUCGAUGUUGCCGCGGUGUUGGCCGUGCGGGAGCGCGGGCUCGCCCUCGCGCGCGCCGGCUUCGCUGCCGAGGGUCUUGGUUACGAUGGCCCAGCUGGUGCUGACGCUGACGCUGACGCCGACGCCGACGCCGACGCCAACGCCAACGUUGACGGCAAGCAGAAGGGCAAAGAGGCCGGUAUAACGGACUAG